ACACACUAGCCGAAACUAUCCAAACACUACUGGAAGCAAUUCAAUAAUCAUGUCCAUUUUCCUAUAUCUUUCACUCCUCACAAUCUCCUUCCUUCUCACUUUGAAGCUAUUAUUCAAAUCAAGAGCACUCAAAAACCUUCCUCCAGGUCCACCAUAUCUUCCCCUUAUUGGAAACCUCCACCAACUCAAGCAACCAUUCCACCGCGCUUUCUAUGAGCUGUCACGAAAAUAUGGCAAAGUCUUCUCCCUAUGGUUCGGUUCCCGCCUUGUGGUUGUCGUUUCAUCACAAACGGCAGCGCAAGAAUGCUUCUCCAAAAACGACAUCGUUCUUGCAAACCGUCCUCACUUUCUCACUGGAAAGUACAUCGGCUACAACAACACCACCCUCGUGCUUUCCCCUUACGGAGAUCACUGGCGCAACCUCCGCCGCAUCGCAACGCUUGAGGUUCUCUCAACGCACCGCAUCAACUCGUUCUUGGAAAUCCGAAGAGACGAGAUCAUGAGGCUCGUGCAGAAGCUGGCUCAGGAAUGUUCCAACGGCUUUAACAAAGUGGAGCUCAGAUCUAAGUUAUCGGAAAUGACCUUCAACACUAUAAUGAGAAUGGUUUCUGGUAAACGAUACUACGGUGAGGAUUGUGACGUCACUGAUGUUGAAGAAGCAAGGAGAUUCAGAGCAAUAACCAAGGAGUUGGUGGCUUUGGGAGGAGCAAACAACCCUGGAGAUUUCAUAUCAGUGCUUCGGUGGUUCGAUUUUGAUGGUUUGGAGAACAAAUUAAAGAGGAUUAGUAAAAGAACUGAUUCUUUUUUACAAGGGCUUAUUGAUGAACAUCGCAAUGGCAAGAGAAACACUAACACCAUGAUUGAUCAUCUUCUAACUCAGCAACAGUCGCAUCCUGAGUACUACACAGAUCAAAUCAUCAAAGGACUUAUUAUGGUUAUGCUGCUUGCUGGAACAGACACAUCAUCUGUGACUUUAGAAUGGGCAAUGUCUAAUUUGUUAAACCAUCCAGAAACACUAGAAAGGGCAAGAAAAGAAAUAGACACAAAGAUUGGACAAGAUCACCUUAUAGACGAGUCUGACAUAUCAAAACUCAAUUAUCUUCAAAACAUAGUGUACGAGACAUUUCGAUUGCAUCCUGCAGCACCAUUAUUGGUUCCACAUCUUUCUUCAGAGGAUUGCACCUUGGAAGGAUAUAAGGUACCGCAAAACACAAUUGUAUUGGUGAAUGCUUGGGCUAUUCAUAGAGAUCCCAAAUUGUGGAGUGACGACUCUACACAAUUUAAGCCUGAGAGGUUUGAAAAGGAAGGUGAAAUAAACAAUCUACUAACAUUUGGAAUAGGGAGAAGGGCUUGUCCAGGAGCCAAUUUGGCACAACGUACAGUGAAUUUGACAUUAGGGUUGUUGAUUCAGUGUUUUGAAUGGGAGCGAACAACACAUGCAGAAAUUGAUAUGGCUGAAGGAAAAGGACUUACCGUGUCAAGGAAAAUUCCCUUGGAAGCAAUGUGUAAGGUGCGUGAUCCAUUUGCAACGAAGGCUAUUAUUUAAUUAGUAAUAUUAGCACACAAUUAUCUGUAUAAUUAAAUGAAUAAACAUCUGUACGUCCGUGUAGGAUCACUUAUGUUUUGGCUGUGUCCAUUAAGCUCUUUUUAUUAGUGGUUUUUUUUUUCCUCGUGUCCUGUUGCUUUAUAAUAAUUAUAUGUGAAAUCUUUCUCUUUAUUAGUUGGAAUUGUAACUACUGAUGCCAAGACAUAUAAGUUAGGGAAGUUAGGGGUGGCAAGGUGGGUUAGUCCGUUUCAAUCCGUUCCGUUUAGGUCCGUAUUAUAAAUGGGAUGGGUUAUCAUAUUUUGUUAAUUAAAAUAGAUUUAAAAUACUAGUUUGUUUUGUUAA